CAGCUCUCUUUCAGGCUCUCUGACCAGCAGCGAUCAUGAAAGCAUCAUCUGAAAGGAGCCUGAAGUCUCUGAACACGUCCAGGAGAACCGGCUGGACGCGCAAACGGAGUACCGAGGCGUAUUCCGCUUACAUUUACAAGAUCGAGAAGGAAGUGUCUGAGGACGUGAGUGACGCCGUCUCUUUGAUGCGCCGCCUGUCCGACGCGCACGCGCAGAUGAGCGCCGAGGCCGCGCGACUCUCCAAGUUCAACCGGCGACGCGUCAUCACGCAGCGAGAGCUGCACGCAGCCGCGAAAAAGCUCCUGAUGGCUGAGAUUUAAGUGUCGCAUUUAGACUUUUUAGAUUUAAUAAAGAUGUUUCCGCUUUUAAAAA